AGUGGUGCCGUUUAAUCAACCGGCCUUUGUUGAAUUUUAUUUCAUUUUUUUAAUAAAUAUAACCUUAAAACUUUACAAGAAAAAAAAAAAGGAUUACAUUGUUAAUUUUUAUCAUUUGAUUAAAGUAAUAAUAAUAUUCAGUUAAUAUAGGAAAAAUAAAAAGUUAAUUAAUCAAAAUGGAGGAAGAAUUAUUAGCACGACCGUAUCAAGUUGAUUUGUAUGAGAAGGCAGUUGCUGGAAAUACAAUAAUUUAUCUACCAACUGGAUCUGGAAAAACCUAUAUUGCCAUAAUGUUAAUUAAAAAUAUGAGUCAUGAUUUACGUGAUGAUUUUAAUAAAGGUGGUAAACGUACAGUAUUUAUUGUUAAUACUGUACCACUUGUUGAUCAACAAUCAUCUUGUAUAUUAAAAUAUACUGAUUUAACAUGUCGUGGUUACAGUGGUGAUAUGAAUGUUGAUUUUUGGAAAAAAAAUGAUUGGAUUAAUGAAUUUGAAAAAUAUCAAGUUUUAGUUAUGACUGCUCAAAUAUUUGUUGAUAUAUUACAUCAUAGUUUUUUAUCACUUAGUCAAGUUAAUUUAUUAAUAUUUGAUGAAUGUCAUCAUGCUGUUGGUGAUCAUCCAAUGCGACAAAUAAUGAAAGAAUUUAUGCAUUUUCCAAAAAAUCAACAACCAAAAAUAUUAGGUUUAUCAGCAACAUUAUUAAAUUCAAAUAUUAAAACAGAUAAAAUUAAUGAAAGUAUUGAAAUGUUAGAAUCAACAUUUCAAUCAAAAGUCAUAACAGUUGAUUCAAUGAUAUCAGUUAUUGGCUAUGCAAGAGUACAAGAAAAAAUAGAAUUAUUUAAUGAUUCAUCAUGUAAUAUUGAUAAUUUAUUAAAUAUAAAAAUAAAUAAUAGACUUGAUAAUAUUGUUAAUAUAUUACAAUCAAAAUGUUUACCAAGUGAUGCUUGUAAUCAUGCAUCAAGUGUUGUAUUUCAACCAAAAACUAAAAAUCGUCGAUUACUAACAAUCAUUGAAAAUAUUAAAGAACACAUAAAUACAAUGGGUCUUUAUGCUGGUAGUAAAGUUAUUCUUUUACAUAUAAUACAAUUAUUAUGCAUGAAAAAAUCAUCACAAAAUAAUGAUACAUCAAUUGUGUUGGAUUAUUUAAUAACACAAUUAACAGUAUUAAGAAAAUUAAUGAUAAAUGAAAUGGAUAAAAAAAUAUAUUCAAAUGAUUAUGAACGUAUAACAAAUAAUUCAAAUGACAAACUUUUAAAAUUAUUAAAUUUACUAAAUGAUUAUUGGAAUAAACGUGAUAUUAAUAAAAAAUUUUGUUGUAUUAUAUUUGUAACACGUCGUUUUAAAACAAAAGUAUUGUAUCAUAUUCUAAAAGACAUAAAAGAUACAAAUGAUAAUUUUAAAUUUCUUGAACCAGAUUAUAUUGUUGGUUAUUCAAAUAAUCCAUAUAAAAAUUCACCAGAAUCAAUGUGUAUUGCUAAAUGGAAUAAAGAAACAUUAAUACGUUUUCGUCAGGGUAUAACAAAUUGUUUAAUUGCAACUGAUGUUGCUGAUGAAGGUAUUGAUAUACCAUCAUGUUCAUUAAUAAUACGUUAUGAUCCACCACUUGAUUUUCGAUCAUACGUACAAAGUAAAGGACGUGCAAGAGAUUCAUCAUGUUUAUUUACAAUGUUUAUUUCAUCAAAUGAUAGAAAGCUAAAAGACACAUAUUUAAAUUGGAUUAGAACUGAAAAUUUAUUAAGAUGUUAUAUUACUGCUAGCAAUGAUGACAAUAUUGAUAGAAUAAAAUAUAAAACAACAUGUGAAAAUAAAAUUGAACCAUAUACAUUUAUUUCAUCAAAUGGUAAUCGUUCAUCAUUGACAGAUGUAUCAGCAGUAUCAUUAAUUAAUAGAUAUUGUUCAACACUUGGUACAUCAAAAUUUAUUAAUUGUACACCAACACUUGUGCUACAUAAAGUUAAACGUCAUGAAGACGAUGUUGCUUAUGUUGAUGAUCCUGAAAAUGAUGAAUUUUUAUACUGGGUAUCAUUAAAAUUUCCAUUAAUAUCACCAUUACAUGAAACAAUAAAUGGUGAUGUCAUGCCAUCACUUAAAUAUGCAAAACGUUCAGCAGCAAUGAAAGCAUGUAUUGAACUUCAUAAAAUUGGUGAAUUAAAUGAUAAAUUAUUACCACGUAAUACUGAUGAAAUAAUUCAAGAUAUAACAAUUCAUUUGAGUAAUUGGAUUAAUGAAACAAAUACUGGUAAAACAACAAUGAUUGGAACAAAUAAUAAUGUACGACCACAUGAAUUAUAUCAAAUUUCAUCAUUUUAUAAUUCACAACCUUUACCAAAUAAAAUUGUUUACAUGCAUGUUAUUAAUGUAAAACCAGUUUAUUCAAUACCAUCAAAUAAUCGUCAAAGAGUUUUUUAUAAUUAUCUCAAUGAUAAUUCUGGUUAUGCAAUAUUAUCUAGUAAAAAACUUUCAACAAUACCAAGUUUUCCAAUAUACAUGAAUGUUGGACAAUUAAAUGUUAAUAUUUUUGUUAAUCACAGUGAAUUAACAUUAACACAAAGUGAAUUUGAUAAAUUAAAAAAUUUCCAUUGGAUAUUAUUUGAUGAUGUUAUUGGUGUAUUAAAAGAUUAUUUAAUAUAUGAUAUUGAUAAUUUAGAUAAUAGUUAUUUUGUUGUUCCAAUUGAUAAUAAUUGGAAAAUUAAUUGGCAACUUGUUGAUAAUUAUAAAAAAAUUGAAACAAUAUCAGCAAAUACAUAUGCAACAAUGAAUCAUCAUUAUAAUUCAAAUUUAAAUUCAAAUUCAAUGGAAAUAUGUACAUCAUCAGGAGGAGGAGGAGCAGCAGCAUCAUCACUUGCUUUUAGUAAUAUUAUUGAAGAAGAUUGGCAAAUUGUUACACCAAAAUAUCGUUCAUCACAAGAAGUAUAUAUUGUUACAAAAGUAUGCCAUGAAAUGAAUCCAAUGUCACCAUUUCCAACAGAUAUGCCAAAUUAUUAUGAAUAUUAUAAAGAAAAACAUAAAGUUAUUGCAACAGAUAUGAAACAACCAUUGCUUGAAGUUAAACCAGUUACUAAAAAUAUAAAUUUUAUAUUACCAAAAGGUGAACCAGGUAUAACUAAAAAACGUAAAUCAGAAACACAUGAAGAACAUUUUAUACCUGAAUUAUGUAAUAUUAUAAAAUUUUCAUCAAUGUAUUGGUUAAAAGCAAUAACAAUACCAUCAAUAUUACAUCGUAUUAAUCAAUUACUUAUUGCUGAUGAAUUAAGAUGUGAAAUAAUACGUAAUACUAAUUUAGGUGUUAUUGAUGUUGAAAAAUGGCCAUCACUUGAAUUUACUGAACAAGAAAAAAUACUAUCUGAUUUACAACAACAAGAUAAACCUAUAAAUGAAAAUAGUACCAAUGAUGAUGAUGAUGACGAUGAUGACAAUGAUAAUUGUAGUGAUACAGAAUCAUUAAUGAAUAUGGAUAUUGAUAAUUUUGAUUAUGAUAAUUUGGAUGUUAAUAGCACAAAAGAUACAACAAAUAAAAAUCCACAAUUGCCAAUAAAUAAUGAUACUAAUAAUUUACUUUUAAAAAAUAAUAAUGACAUUGAUAUAUUGAGUCUUGAAAUAAAUAAUUUUCCAUGGUCAAAAGAACAAGAACCAAUUGAUUUAGAUAAAAAUAUGGAAACAAUACAAUUUAUUGAUAUUGAAUAUUAUCAUCAAUUUAAUAAUAAAAUAACAACGACAAGUAAUGAGCUAUAUGAUAAUCGAAGCUCAUCAGUAGUUGAAAAAAGUUGUAUAUAUUCAACAAGAACAAAAAAUUUAUCAACAAUGCCAUUAUUAAAAUUAAUAAAUAUUUCUGAUAGUAAUAAUAUUGGACCAAGUCCAGUUGAUAUUAUGAGAGCACUAACAACAACAUUAUCUGGUGAUGCUAUGAAUUUAGAAAGAUUAGAAACACUUGGUGAUUCAUUUUUAAAAUUUAUAACAUCAAUACAUUUAUAUGAAAAUUAUAAUUCUUGUGAAGGACAUUUAACAAUAUAUAAAGAUCAUAUUAUUGGUAAUCGUAAUUUAUAUUACUGUGGUGUUAAAAAACAAUUACCAGGUAAAUUAAAAAUUGAAAAAUUUGUAUCUGAUGGUAAUUUUAUAACACCAUCAUUUUGUGUACCAGAAAUUAUUAAAAAUAUUAUAAUUAAUGAUAAAGUAUCAACAAGUGUACUUUAUGAAAUUGCUUAUACAUCAAAUGAACAAAUAAAUGGUAAAAUAAAUGAUGAAUUAUUAAAUAAUUAUAUUGAACCAAUUAAAAAAUGGAGUAAACGUGAUAAUUGUGGUAAAACUGGUAGUGAUAAUUUUAUUGGUUUACAAUUUGUUAAAGAUAAAUGUAUAUCUGAUUGUGUUGAAGCAUUAACUGGUGUUUAUCUUAAAUAUAUGGGUUUAAGAGGUGCAGCAAAAUUAUUAAAUUGGUUUGGUGUAUUACCAAAUAAUAUAAAUAUUGAUAAUGUACUUUGUAAAGUACCAAAUGUUAAUUAUUAUUCUGAUGAUGAUCCAAUAAGGCAUAUGCCAUGGAUUGAUACAAUUGAAAAAUCAAUUGAUUAUAAAUUUAAUAAUAAAAUAUAUUUACUACAAGCAUUUACACAUUCAUCAUAUACUGGACAUUCAAUAACAUGUGAUUAUCAAAGACUUGAAUUUUUAGGUGAUGCUGUUAUUGAUUUUUUAAUAACUGUUUAUAUUUAUGAAAAUUGUGGUAAUUUAUCACCAGGUGAAUUGACUGAUUUACGUUCAUCACUUGUUAAUAAUAUAACAUUUGCUUGUUUAAGUGUUAAAUAUCGUUUACAUACAGCAUUGCUACAAUAUUCACCAAUAAUUAAUGAGUCUAUUGAAAAAUUUGUUAAUUUUCAAACAGAAAGAAAUUUUUCAAUUGAUGAUGAUUUAUUGUGGAUAUUAUAUGAAGAAGAAGAAUGUAAUAUUGCUGAAUAUGUUGAAGUACCAAAAAUACUUGCUGAUAUAUUUGAAUCAAUGAUUGGUGCUAUUUAUUUAGAUACAAAUAAAAAUAUUGCUAAAGUAUGGGAAAUUUUAUAUGGUUUAAUGAAAAAUGAAAUUGAUGUAUUCAGUAAAAAUGUACCAAAACAACCAGUUAGAAUGAUAUUUGAAAUGACAUCUGUACAUCCAAAAUUCAUGAAAGCUGAAGUUAUUCCUCAUGAUAAUCGUACAAUGGUACCACUUAGAAUUCAAGUCGGUGGUAAAACACAUAAAUUUUAUGGUUUUGGAUCAACACGAAGUGCUGCUAAAAGAGCAGCUGCUAAACAAGCCCUAAAAUAUCUCAGAAGAAAUAAAAUUAAUUAAUUUUUUUAACAUUUUAACUUGUGAUUUUAAUUUAAAAAAAAAAAAAAAAGUUUUUUAAUAUUGACGUUUGA